AUGGAAAGCGAAUUGAACAUGGUAUUUAUUUCCAUUUUUCCAAUUUUAAAGGGAAAUUUUUAGACUUCUUCAUCGUCUGUCAACAAUGAUCACUCAUUCGAACUUAUGGAAGCACUACCGGCAUUUCAACACGCGGAUAUUACUCACGCUGGUCUCAAACAAGUGAGUUAUUAUCAAUUUUCGUUGUUAUUUCUGAACCUUCAUGGUUUUCAGCUCGGUGACAAUACAGGCAUGGAACAUUUGAGUGCCGGUUCGUUCUUAUCUCCAGCGUUCCCGGUGGAAGGCGUUAUUUUCGGACCUAAUAAUCGAUUGAUGGUGUGUCUCAAUUGUUGCCAUGCCGAGAAGCCUGAUGCGCCAAUCGUCAAAGUCUGGUUUUUGGUUGACCCUGCAUCGAAUUGCACGUUUCUCGACGAGAAGACUAUCAGCAAGCUGACCGGAACUGACGACAUUCCAUCGGCCAUUCACGUCUCUAUUCAGGUUCAGUUUUGUACUCUUAAUUAUAGGUUCAAAUUUCUGAUUUCAGGAUCAGAACUCUGUGAUCGACUGUAAUGUUUCCCAAAACCACUUCAAGGAAGCAAAUGUCUUGGGAAUGUUGGCAAUGCGAACAUUGAACUUGACGAUCGAAAACAUGAAUUGGACUUCAGAUACUUGGCGUCUUGCGACUUCGUGAGUUAAUCACAAAUCGUAAUUUUAAUUGAAAACUUAUUAUGUAUUUUCAGACCGAAGAUCGAACCUUUGCCGAAAAAUGUUACCAGUGAAACACUUGAUUAUGAAACCCCUGAAAGAAUUCGAACAUUGCACAAGUUGGUAAGUAAAUUACAAAAAAAGGUGAAAAUAAAUGAAUAUAUUCAAUUUUCAGGUUAUGCUUUAUGCAUCGCAAGGUCGUUAUGAAGUUGCUGUUCCAUUGUGCAAACAAGCACUAGAAACUCUUGAAGAACAAAGUGGACACGAUCAUCCAGAUGUUGCUACAAUGCUCAAUAUUCUUGCACUUGUUUAUCGUGAUCAAAACAAGUAUAAAGAAGCAGCAAAUCUUUUGAAUGAAGCCUUGACAAUUCGCGAGAAAUGUCUUGGAGAAAGUCAUCCUGCAGUUACAGCAACUUUGAACAAUUUGGCAGUUUUAUUCGGAAAACGUGGAAAAUUCGAAGAUGCUGAAUCAUUGUGCAAAAGAGCUCUUGAAAUUCGGGAAAAAUUUUUGGGAGAAGAUCAUCCGGAUGUUGCGAAACAUCUCAACAAUUUAGCUCUUCUCUGUGAAAAGCAAGGAAAAUACGAAGAAGUUGAGAAAUAUAAGAAACGAGCAUUGGAAAUUUACGAAAGUAAAUCUGGUCCAGAUGAUUCGAAUGUUGCGAACACAGAAAAUAAUUUGGUUUCGGCUUGA